AUGAAAAAGUACAGAGAAUUAAAAAAGACUGGGGAUGGAACAUUUGGGGUUGUGAUCAAGGCUGAAGACAUGCAGAGUCACGAUUUGGUAGCCAUCAAAAAGAUGAAACACAAGUAUCACAAUUUUGAAGAAUGUACUAACUUAAGAGAAGUUAAGGCUUUGAUGAAACUUUAAAAUCAUCCAAACAUAGUCAAGCUUAAAGAACGUAUGAAUUGAAUCAAAUUAGUGUUUUUGGACAAUGACACUCUCUGUCUAGUCUUUGAGUUUGUAGACAAAAGCAUCUAUCAAAUGUACAUACAGCAAAAAGAAAUGGUAACCAAAUAUAAGAUGGAGCUUAGGGUAAAACCAUUCCAGAAGAUCAAAUCAAAUCCCUCAUUUACCAAGUAGCCAAUGGACUCAGUUACAUGCAUAAACAUGGCUACUUUCAUCGAGAUCUCAAGCCAGAGAAUCUCUUGGUCUCCAACGAUGGUAUUGUUAAGAUUAUAGAUCUUGGAUGUGCAAGAGAAAUCAGAUCGAGACCCCCAUAUACCGAUUAUAUUGCUACCAGAUGGUACAGGGUAAAUUCUCUGACUUAAUUCGAUUUAAGGCUCCUGAGAUCCUAUUGAAAUAAGCCAAUUACAAUAGUCCAGUUGAUAUAUUUGCUCUUGGUUGCAUCAUGGCUGAAUUAUUUUUAAAUAGACCUCUAUUUCAAGGUAAUUCUGAAUUGGAAUAAUUCAAUAAGAUCCUUUCCACUCUUGGGUAAUUUGAUAACCUAUCUUCUGUUUUUUAGUACUUUCACUCAAUUCGAAUGGUCUGAAGGAUGCAGAUUAGUCUCUCAAAUGGGAUUAGCUUUGGCUUAAUUUCAACCUCUUCAAUUGCAACAGUUGAUACCGAAUGCAAGCACUGAGGCCUUAAACUUAUUGACUCAAAUGAUUAGAUGGGAUCCCAAUAAGAGAAUCACUGCCACUCAAAUGCUAACUCAUCCAUUUUUCUACAACAUCGAGAAGAUUGCCCCUCCUAUCAUUUUCGAAGAGCAAUCCAAAUCUAAAGAUGAAUUGAAAUUGCCAGAAAUGGGCAAAAAACCUAAAUCAUAUAGUCAAAAGGAAGAACCCUAAAACCAAUUCAAACAAAAACAAUAUGUUCAAUAACAACAGGUAGAAGACAAAGACAGUAAUGAUCUGGAUGACAUUUUGGAUUUUAUAACCACUGAAAACAAACCUCUGCCUUCCAAAUAAUCUAGUUAGUCUUCCAAAAACUUAGAAUAUGGAGAAUAUGUUCCCUCUAUUCCCUAAAAUAGACAACCCAGGAAUUUGUAAUCAAGCCAAUUAUAAGAAUAAUAAAAGAAAGACAAUAAUUCAAUCUAUGAUUUUAGCCAUUUACAAAGUUUCAAACCUGCAAAAAUGCCUAAUACAAAUUCUAAAUAUUGAUCAGUG